GAGAGACGCAGUGGUCCGGCCUCUCCUCCUCCGUGGUGCUCCAUCCUCGCUCUCCGUCUCCCGCCCGCACUGCCGCCCGCGCUCAGAUCAGGGAGCAGCAUGGAGGAGGUGGUGAUUGCCGGCAUGUCUGGGAAGCUGCCCGAGUCGGAGAACCUGCAGGAGUUCUGGGCCAACCUCAUCGGUGGGGUGGACAUGGUGACCGAGGACAACAGGCGGUGGAAGGCCGGGCUCUACGGCCUGCCCCGGCGGUCUGGCAAGCUGAAGGACCUGUCCAAGUUUGACGCCAGCUUCUUCGGGGUCCAUGCCAAGCAGGCGCAGACGAUGGACCCCCAGCUGCGCAUGCUGCUGGAGGUCGCCUACGAGGCCAUUGUGGAUGGAGGCAUCAACCCGGGCUCGCUGCGAGGGUCGCACACGGGCGUCUGGGUGGGCGUGAGCGGCUCCGAGGCCUCCGAGGCGCUGAGUCGAGACCCCGAGACCCUCCUGGGCUACAGCAUGGUGGGCUGUCAGCGGGCCAUGAUGGCCAACCGCCUCUCCUUCUUCUUCGACUUUAAGGGGCCCAGCAUCACCCUGGACACGGCCUGCUCAUCCAGCCUGGUGGCCCUGCACAGCGCCUGCCAGGCCAUCCGCAGCGGGGAGUGCCCCGCGGCCCUGGUGGGCGGCAUCAACAUCCUGCUCAAGCCCAACACCUCUCUGCAGUUCAUGAAGCUGGGCAUGCUGAGCCCCGAGGGCACCUGCAAGUCCUUCGACGUGGAGGGGGUCGGCUACUGCCGCUCGGAGGCCGUGGUGGCCAUGCUGCUGACUAAGAAGUCCCUGGCCCGGCGGGUGUACGCCACCAUCCUCAGCUCUGGCACCAACACAGACGGCGCUAAGGAGCAAGGCGUGACCUUCCCCUGUGGGAAGGUCCAGGAGCAGCUCAUCCGCUCCCUGUACGAGCCGGCCGGGUUGGACCCCACGUCCCUGGAGUACAUCGAAGCCCACGGCACGGGCACCAAGGCAGGCGACCCCCAGGAGCUGAACAGCAUCGUCAGUGCCCUGUGCUCCUCCCGCCGGGACCCGCUGCUGAUCGGGUCGACCAAGUCAAACAUGGGCCACCCGGAGCCCGCCUCAGGGCUGGUGGGGCUGGCCAAGGUGCUGCUGUCCCUGGAGCACGGGGUCUGGGCCCCCAACCUGCACUUCCGCAACCCCAACCCCAGCAUCCCGGGGCUGCUGGACGGGCGGCUGCGGGUGGUGGACCGGCCCUUGCCUGUGCGCGGGGGCAACGUGGCCAUCAACUCCUUCGGCUUCGGCGGCUCCAACGUGCACGUCGUCCUCCGGCCCAACACGCGCCCGCCCCGGCCGCCCGCCCCGCACGCCGCCCUGCCCCGCCUGCUGCUGGCCAGCGGGCGCACCCCGGAGUCCGUGCAGGGCCUGCUGGAGCAGGGCCGCCAGCACAGCCAGGACCUGGCCUUCGUGAGCAUGCUCAAUGAGAUCGCGGCCGUCCCGGUCACGGGCAUGCCCUUCCGGGGCUGCACGGUGCUGGGCGGCAAGGACGGCGGCCAGGAGGUGCAGCAGGUGGCUCCCGGCCGGCGCCCUCUCUGGUUCAUCUGCUCUGGGAUGGGCACACAGUGGCACGGGAUGGGGCUCAGCCUCAUGCGCCUGCCCGGCUUCCGAGACUCCAUCCUGCGGUCGGACGACGCCGUGGCACCCCUGGGCCUGCGGGUGUCAGACCUGCUGAUGAGCCCAGACGAGGCCAUCUUUGACGACACGGUCCACACCUUCAUGAGCCUGACGGCCAUCCAGAUUGCCCUCAUAGACCUGCUGGCCUCCCUGGGCCUGAAGCCGGACGGCAUCAUCGGUCACUCCCUGGGCGAGGUGGCCUGCGGCUACGCCGACGGCUGCCUCACGCAGGAGGAGGCCAUCCUCUCCGGCUACUGGAGAGGGCAGUGCAUCAAGGAGGCCAACAUCCCGCCGGGGGCCAUGGCGGCUGUGGGCCUGUCCUGGGAGGAGUGCAAACAGCGCUGCCCCCCGGGCAUCGUCCCCGCCUGCCACAACUCCGAGAGCACGGUGACCAUCUCGGGACCUCAGGCCGCCAUGUCCGAGUUUGUGGAGCAGCUGAGACAGGAGGGCGUGUUCGCCAAAGAGGUGCUGACCGGCGGCUUCGCCUUCCACUCGUACUUCAUGGAGGGCAUUGCUCCCUCCCUGCUGCAGGCACUCAAGAAGGUGAUCCGGGAGCCGCGGCCCCGCUCCGAACGCUGGAUCAGCACCUCCAUCCCGGAGGCCCAGUGGCAGAGCAGCCUGGCCCGCACGUUCUCCGCCGAGUACAACGUCAACAACCUAGUGAGCCCCGUGCUGUUCCAGGAGGCGCUGCGGCACGUGCCGGGGAACGCCGUGGUCCUGGAGAUCGCGCCCCACGCGUUGCUGCAGGCUGUCCUGAAGAGAGGCCUCAAGCCCGGCUGCACUGUCGUCCCCCUGAUGAAGAAGAGCCACACGGACAACCUGCACUUCUUCCUCAGCAACGUUGGCCGGCUGCACCUGAUGGGCAUCGACAUCAACCCCAACGGCCUGCUCCCGCCCGUGGAGUUCCCAGUCCCCCGGGGAACGCCCCUCAUCUCCCCGCUCAUCAAGUGGGACCACAGCCAGACCUGGGACGUGCCUGCUGCCGAGCACUUCCCCAGCGGCUCUGGCACCUCCUCCUCCACCAUCUACAACAUCGACACCAGCCCCGAGUCCCCCGACCACUACCUGGUGGACCACUGCAUCGAUGGCCGCGUCAUCUUCCCGGCCACCGGCUACCUGUACCUGGUGUGGAGAACGCUGGCGCGGGCCCUGGACCAGAACAUGGAGCAGAUGCCCGUGGCUUUUGAGGAUGUGACGCUGCACCAGGCCACCAUCCUGCCCAAGGCUGGGACCGUCCCCCUGGAGGUGCGGCUUCUGGAGGCGUCCCACACCUUUGAGGUGUCUCAGAACGGCAGCCUGACUGUGACCGGGAAGGUGUACCAGUGGGAGGACCCCAACUCCAAGCUCUUCGACACCCGGGACGGCCUGGACCCCGCAGACCCCGCAGGCCCCAUGGCUGCGUUCCACUUGGCCAAGGGGGACGUGUACAAGAUGCUGCGGCUGCGUGGCUAUGACUACGGACCUCACUUCCAGGGCAUCCUCAAGGCCAGCCUCGAAGGCUGCACGGGCCAGCUCCUAUGGGAGGACAACUGGGUGACCUUCCUGGACACGAUGCUGCAGGUGGGGAUCCUGAGCUCCAGCGAGCGCAGCCUGCGUCUGCCCACCCGCUUGUCCGCCGUGUACAUCGACCCCAUUGCCCACCGGCAGCGGGUGCACGCACCGCAGGGUGAGGCCCGAGUGGCCGACGUGGUGGUGGACGCGCACCUGCGCAGCACGGCGGCGGGCGGCGUCAUCCUCUCGCAGGUCCACACCUUGGCGGUCCUGCGCAAACCGGAGCAGCUGGUGCCCCACCUGGAGAAGAUGUGCUUCACGCCGCACAUGGAGGGCAGGUGCCUGGCAGAGCACGCGGCCCUGCAGGAGGAGCUGCAGCUGUGCAAAGGGCUGGCACAGGUGCUGCAGACCAGGGUGGCCCAGCAGGGGCUGAAGAUGGCGGUGCCGGGGCUGGACGGGGCCCAGGCCCCCCAGGAGCCCCCGCAGCGGGGCCUGGCCCGGGUGCUGGCGUCUGCCUGCCAGCUGCAGCUGAACGGGAACCUGCAGCUGGAGCUGGGCCAGCUGCUGGCCCAGGAGAAGGCCCAGCUGCGGGAGGACCUGCUGCUCAACGGCCUGCUCGACGCCCCGGCGCUCAGAGCCUGCGUGGACACCGCCCUGGAGAACAUGGCCAGUGCCCAGAUGAGAGUGGUGGAGGUGCUGGCUGCCGACGGCCGCUUGUACUCCCGCAUCCCCUCGCUGCUCCGCGGCCAGCCCAUGCUGAAGAUGGACUACACGGCCACUGACCGCCACCCUCAGGCCCUGGAGCCUGCCCAGGCCGAGCUGCAGCAGCAGGAUGUGGCUCAGGGCCAGUGGGACCCUGCGGAGCCCGCCCCCAGCAGCUUGGCGGCCGCUGACCUCCUGGUGUGCAACUGCGCGGUGGCCGCCCUCAGGGACCCAGCCACAGCCCUCGGCAACAUGGCAGCCGCUCUCAAGGAGGGGGGCUUCCUGCUGCUACACUCCCUGCUCCGGGGACACCCCCUCACGGAGACGGUCGCCUUCCUCACCUGCCCCGAGCCGCAGCCAGGGCGGCAGAGCCUCCUGAGCCAGGAUGAGUGGGAGAGCCUGUUUGCUGGGGCGUCCCUGCGCCUGGUGGCUUUGAAGACGUCCUUCUAUGGCUCCGCGCUCUUCCUGUGCCGCCGGCCAGUCCCCCAGGACAGCCCUGUCUUCCUGCCUGUGGAGGACACCAGCUUCCGAUGGGUGGACUCGCUCAAGAACAUCCUGGCCGACGGCUCCUCACGGCCUGUGUGGCUGACGGCCAUCAGCUGCGCCACCUCAGGUGUCGUGGGCAUGGUCAACUGCCUCCGCAAGGAGCCCGCAGGGCACCGGGUCCGGUGCAUCCUGGUGUCCAACCUCAGCAGUGAGUCCCCUGUCCCCAAGAUGGACCCAGGCUCUUCAGAGCUGCAGAAGGUGCUGCAGGAGGACCUCGUGAUGAACAUCUACCGGGACGGGGCCUGGGGGGCCUUCCGCCACGUAACCCUGGAGAAGGGCUGGCCAGAGGAGCCAACGGAGCACGCCUUCGUGAACGUUCUCACCCGGGGGGACCUCUCCUCUAUCCGCUGGGUGUGCUCUCCGCUGCGCCACGCCCUGGCCCCCAGCCCCGGCACCCAUCUCUGCACUGUCUACUACGCCUCCCUCAACUUCCGUGACAUCAUGCUGGCCACGGGGAAGCUGUCCCCUGACGCCAUCCCAGGGAAGUGGGCCUCCCGGGACUGCAUGCUGGGCAUGGAGUUCUCCGGCAGAGACGCCAGCGGCAAGCGCGUGAUGGGGUUGGUGCCCGCUGAAGGCCUGGCCACCUCCGUCCUGCUGCCCGAGGACUUCCUGUGGGACGUGCCCUCCAGCUGGACCCUGGAGGAGGCGGCCUCGGUGCCUGUGGUCUACACCACUGCCUACUACUCACUGGUGGUGCGUGGGCGCAUUCAGCGCGGGGAGACGGUGCUCAUCCACUCGGGCUCGGGCGGCGUGGGCCAGGCCGCCAUCGCCAUCGCCCUCAGCCUGGGCUGCCGCGUCUUCACCACCGUGGGGUCAGCCCAGAAGCGGGCGUACCUCCAGGUCAGGUUCCCCCAGCUCGACGACACCAGCUUCGCCAGCUCCAGGGACACGUCCUUUGAGCAGCAUGUGCUCCGGCACACGGCCGGCAAGGGUGUGGACCUGGUCCUGAACUCCUUGGCGGAAGAGAAGCUGCAGGCCAGUGUGCGCUGCCUGGCCCAGCACGGCCGCUUCCUGGAAAUCGGCAAAUAUGACCUUUUCAACAACCACCCGCUGGGCCUGGCCAUCUUCCUGAAGAACGUGACUUUCCACGGGAUCCUGCUCGACGCGCUCUUCGACGAGGCCAGCAGCAGCUGGCGGGAGGUGGCAGACCUGCUGCAGGCGGGCAUCCGGGACGGCGUGGUGCAGCCCCUCAAGUGCACCGUGUUCCCCAAGUCCCAGGUGGAGGAUGCCUUCCGCUACAUGGCGCAGGGGAGGCAUAUCGGCAAAGUGGUCGUGCAGGUGCGUGAGGAGGAGCAAGGCGCUGUGCUGCAGGGCCCCCGGCCCACGCCGAUGGUGGCCGUGUCCAAGACCUUCUACCCGGGCCACAAGAGCUACAUCAUCACCGGGGGCCUGGGCGGCUUUGGCCUCGAGCUGGCCCACUGGCUCGUGCGGCGAGGGGUCCAGAAGCUCGUGCUGAGCUCCCGCUCGGGCGUCCGCACGGGCUACCAGGCCAAGCAGCUCCGUGAGUGGUGGCGCCAGGGUGUGCAGGUGCUGGUGUCUACCAGCGACGCCAGCACGCUGGACGGCGCCCGGGGCCUCAUCGCCGAGGCCGCGCGCCUCGGUCCCGUCGGAGGCGUCUUCAACCUGGCCAUGGUCCUGAGAGACGCCAUGCUGGAGAACCAGACCCCCGAGUCCUUCCAGGACGUCAGCAAGCCCAAGUACAGCGGCACCCUGAACUUGGACAGGGUGACCCGCGAGGCGUGUCCCGAGCUGGACUACUUCGUGGCCUUCUCCUCGGUGAGCUGUGGGCGUGGCAACGCAGGCCAGAGCAACUACGGCUUCGCCAACUCCACCAUGGAGCGCAUCUGCGAGAAGCGCAGGCACGACGGCCUCCCAGGCCUGGCCGUGCAGUGGGGCGUCAUUGGCGACGUGGGCAUCGUCCUGGAGAAGAUGGGCUCCAACAGCGUGAUCAUCGGAGGCACCCAGCCCCAGCGCAUCGUCUCCUGCCUGGAGGUGCUGGAGCUCUUCCUGAGCCAACCGCACCCUGUCCUGAGCAGCUUCGUGAUGGCCGAGGGGGCCGCAGCCUGCAGCAAUGGCGGCAGCCAGUCGAACGUGCUGAGGGCUGUGGCCCACAUCCUGGGCAUCCGAGACUUGGCCACCGUCAGCCUGGACAGCUCACUGGGGGACCUGGGCCUGGACUCGCUCAUGGGCGUGGAGGUGCGCCAGACGCUGGAGCGCGAGCACAACCUGCUGCUGUCCAUGCGGGAGAUCCAGCAGCUCACCCUCCGGAAUCUGCAGGAACUUUCCUCGGGGGUCGACCCAGCUAAUGAGCUGGCAGCCCCCACGCCCAAGGAAAGCCCUGCGCGGCAGCAGGCCCAGCUGAACCUGAGCACCCUGCUGGUGAACCCCGAGGACCCGACCUUGACCCGGCUCAACUCGGUGCAGAGCUCCGAGCGACCCCUGUUCCUGGUGCACCCCAUCGAGGGCUCCACCGCCGUCUUCCACAGCCUGGCCGCCAAGCUCAGUGUCCCCACCUACGGCCUGCAGUGCACCCCAGCUGCGCCCCUGGACAGCAUCCAGAGCCUGGCCGCCUACUACAUCGAGUGCAUCAAGCAGGUGCAGCCCGAGGGGCCUUACCGCAUCGCCGGCUACUCCUACGGGGCCUGCGUGGCCUUCGAGAUGUGCUCGCAGCUACAGGCGCAGCAGAGCCCCACCCCCACGCACAACAGCCUCUUCCUCUUCGACGGCUCGCACAGCUACGUGCUGGCAUACACGCAGAGCUACCGCGCGAAGCUGACGCCCGGCUGCGAGCACGAGGCCGAGACCGAGGCCAUAUGCUUCUUUGUGCAGCAGUUCACGGACACUGAGCACAACAAGGUGCUGGAGGUGCUGCUGCCACUCGCAGGCCUGGAGGAGCGCGUGGCCGCCGCCGUGGACAUGAUCACGCAGAACCACGGGGGCCUGGACCGCCGCGCGGUCGCCUUCGCCGCGCGCUCCUUCUACCACAAGCUGCGCGCCGCGGAGCAGUACACGCCGCGCGCCACCUACCACGGCAACGUGACGCUGCUGCGCGCCAAGACGGGCGGCGCCUAUGGCGACAACCUGGGCGCCGACUACAACCUGUCCGAGGUGUGCGACGGCAAGGUGUCGGUGCACGUCAUCGAGGGCGACCACCGCACGCUGCUCGAGGGCAGCGGCCUGGAGGCCAUCCUCGGCAUCAUCCACAGCUCCCUGGCCGAGCCGCGUGUCAGCGUGCGGGAGGGGUAGCCGUGGCGGCUGCCGUUGGGCGGGCCGGGAGGUCCUGCCGGUGGGACCCCGGCCCGCACCCCGCGCCACUGCCCACAGUGGCUGGUAGAAGUAGAACUGACACCCGGCCCUCCCUGGGCACCUCCGCACGGUCCCCUUGGCCGCCACUUUUCACGGGGGUGUGGGGCCAGACCCGCGCAGCCGACUCGGAGACUUGCCCCGGUCUGUGAAGAGUCAGCCCGGCAGGGCGCAGGUCCGUUUGUCUUCUCAGUUUGGAGUCUAUUUAUUGCGUCGCUGGGGAGCCGCCAGGCCACGUCCCUGGUGCAGCCGGGACGCCUGAGCCUGGCCCGCUGUGAGGCAGCAGGCGCCGGCGCCCACUGUUUGUUCUCUAUUCGUUUUUUCAAGAAACAUGGUUCUCA